AUGUUGUCUUUUUUUAUUUGUCUUUCGUUAGUAUUUGCAGAAGAAAGUUAUAAGUAUUAUGUUCAUCAAGUAGAACAGGGGUAUCAAGUCAUUUAUAAACUUAAUAGUUGUUUAUUUGAAGCUAAAGGAAGGUAUAUCCAAUUUAGUUUAGAUAGUAACUCUGAUCAAUCAAACCGAGUUGUUCUUAAAAAAAUAUAUAGUGACAAUGGAUGCACGAACAAAGAUGGGAAAGAGGAGGAAGGUACUAAAAUUUUUAUUGAUGAUUUUAACACAUUAAAGGAUACUAUCGACUUCUCUCCAAUUAACAGCAAAAUUCUUUCUUCAUGCAAGGAUAGUGGAGAAGAUACAAUUAUUUAUAACUAUCCUAUUGAAUGUACUCAAGACUUAAACAGUUAUUACAAAUAUAGUCAAGACGAUACUAAUACCAUUUAUAGACAAACUUAUUUUGAUGAUAAAUGUGAAUCCCUCUUUUAUAAUGUCCCUACAAUAAAAAGUUGUAAAUGUAUUUCUUUUGAUAAGAAUACUUUUGUUGAAUUAGUUACAUGUCCAUCUGAACUAACUUGUAAGGAAUUUCAAAUAAAGAAAGAUGGAGAAUGUCAUUGUAUUGAAAAUUAUAGAAAAUUAGAAGAUGGUUCAUGUGAAUAUCAAUGUUUUGGUAAAGGCAUUAAAGUGAAUGAACAAAAUAAUGGAUGUGAUUGUACUGAUGGAUAUACUGCAAAUGGUCCUCAACGAUGUACUUUGGUUUGUAAUAACAAUUUUGUUCCCAAUGAAGAAAAUGACCAAUGCAUAUGUGAUUUAACAAAAGGAUAUACUUUGGUAGAUGGAAAAUGUAUUAAAAAUGAAGAGAAAGAAACUACUAACACAACAACAAUAUAUAUUGUAGCAAUCAUUAUUUUAUUGUUAAUCGUUACAAUUGGUAUUGUUGCUUUCUUCUGGUACACUCGAAAACCACGUUCAGUCCAUUCACAAAAUAGAGGUGAUAAUAAUGAUGCUUUCUCAGUUGCCUUGACAGAUGAAUUAGAUUUAACACAACAAUCACAAUCACGAAAUGCUUAA